AUGACAGGAUCAUUUCACACUUUCGACACCCCGUCGAUUUCAUAUAGUCUGUAUGCGAUUUUUGCCUUCCCAGUAUUGACAUUACAUGUAACCCGAUCAAUCAAGAACAAGAUGCGACUUAAAGACGUUCGGUCACAUCCUGACAAGCGUGACUUUGUAGCACUGGCCGAAUCAACCGACUACAACGUUGCAGAGGCUUGA